AAGAGGGAAGAGACGUCAUCGGAGAUUCAAAUUUUUACCGCUCGGAGUCGUCUGCUGUGGAGCGAGACGAGUUUUAUUUCGUUCAUAUUUGAUAGAUUUUUAAGUUUAUCAACGGAUUGGUGUUGUUUAUAGCGGUACAAAGAUGUCUUGUCGACGAAGUGUGGCUAUGGCAUCCACUCUUGUAACUGAUAUCAAUCAUGCGAUGGCCAGACUGGUGGAUAUAUGGGACAGCAUCGGCAUCAUGGAAGAACAGAGAGUGGAGCGAAUGCAAACUGUGAAAAAGCAUAUAGAUGGUCUUUUGCAUUCCAUGAUCACGGAGGAAGAGGCUUUAAGGCAUCGCAUCAGAACCGAUAUCAUAACCUUCCAGAAACAAUUAGAUACAUUGUGCUUGGAGCUGUCAUUAGAACAAUACAAACUGGAGGAAGGCCUCACGGUUCUGCAGAUGGAGAAGAACCUGCGUUGCCGUGCCGAGACUCUUCAGAAAGAGAAAAAUGACCGCAUGAGAGAGCUGAAUGAUCUAAUGAAACAGGAUGAGGAGUUGUGUGUGACUCUGUGUGCCACACCCUACUACAUCCCAACAGGAAGUGUGCCAUCUCGAACCCAGCUGCAGGAGCUCCAGCAGCACGUCGAGACGCUUAACAAAGAAAAGGAGAGCAGAGUUAAGGUGUUCUCUGGCCUCAGGAAAGACAUCAAGAGUGUGAUGGACGAGAUGGGACAUGAACCUGACAGCAGUCUGGAAAGAGACUCUAUCAGCCCCGACGCUGACAUUUUCCUGCUCACGCAUGACAAUAUCAAAGCCCUCAAACUGCUCCUCAGUCAGCUUGAAAUAAAAAAGGAAUCCUUGAUUUCAGCAAGAGACAAACUCAAAGAGCAAGCUACGAGCCUGUGGUAUCGCCUGAGUUGUCCGGAGCCGGAAGGCAAGGCAUUCCGAGAGGAAGCGAUGAGCACUUUAUCUGAUGAUAUCAGACGGUGGCGGGGAGUAGUGGAACAGCUGAAGGAAAUGCAGAUGGCUCGUUUGGAAGAGGUGAUCGAUAAGGUCCGACAGGAGCUUGUGGCUCUGUGGGACAAAUGCAUGUUCGGCCCAGAACAGAGAGAGCCGUUCAACGUUCACUUUUGUGAUGAUCAUUACACAGAGGAGCUGUUGGCUUUACACGAUGCUGAGCUUUUAAGAAUGAAGUCCUUCUAUGAGUCGGCACAGACAAUACUUGAGGACCUGGAGAAAUGGAAGAAAAAUUGGGCUCUCUUUCAAGAAUUUGAGAGGAAGGCAGCAGAUCCAACUCGAUUUAGCAACAGAGGAGGAUCUUUGCUUAGAGAGAGUAAAGACAGAGCCAAAGUGCAGAAACUACUUCCAAAGCUGGAAGAAGAGUUGAGAGGUUGUGUGGAAGACUGGGAAAAAAAUAAGGGUACGUUCUUCCUAGUCAAUGGACAAAGAAUCAUGGAUUAUAUCUCUCGCCAAUGGGAAGAGCAUCGUUUACAGAAAGACAAGGAGAAGAACGAACGGAUGACAAAGAAAGCAGAAACCUCACAGUUUAAAACUCCAACAAAGAGACCUCUUGCAAUAACCACCUCCACCCCAACACCUAAAAAAAUCAAAAAGACACCCAGUCAGCUCGCUCCUCGCAGUGCCACUGCGAGUACUAUCAGCAGUGCCAGCAGCACCAGCAGUUCGUCCACAUUUCUGGUUGUGCCAGGAAGGCCACCACUCUCUACCAAGAGGAAUAAGACUGCUGAGAGUAGCGCAGUGCAACGUGCACCACUGCAGGAGUUCAACAGUGAAAAAACCCCUGUAGCAAUGAGCUACUCUGACUUUACUAGCGAACUCUCCAAGAAAGCCAGCUAUGAUGCAUUUCUCAAUUCAACUGUUAGAGACAUGCUCUGAUCUGAAGGCCAACAAAAACUGUUUACUUUUUAUGGUGUUUUUUUAUUUUUAAGAAGCUUAGGUCAAAAUAAUUUCAGGAUCAACUCUACGCUGGAUAAGAUCCUCUCUCGGAUGUUUCUUUUAUCUAGAUUUGCUUUUUUAUGAUGGUUAGAUUUCUUUGUUUUAUUUUAUGUAUUUAUAUUUAAUGAAAAACCUUUUAUACAUUUCCAAUUAUAUAUUUUUGGCUUUACAGGCUAGAAUUUUUUUUAAUAAA